UAUGUUAAACGAGAUGAGAUUGAAUGUCCGAACGACCGAGCGAUCCCGAGACGAAACCGACCGUGGAUUUUGACAGUUGACAGUGAAGUUCUUGUGCCAGAUUCGGAUUUGUUAUUUCGUUGGAAUUCUUGGUUUGGUUUUGGCGAAGAGUGUAGGUAAAAGUGAGCGAUAAUCGCAAGCAUCGGAAGUGCGUAUCUGUUCUUUAAUCAUAACGAAUAUUGAAUGAACGUAUUUUGACGGUUUUUUAAAAACGAGUACUCGGAGCGUAGUUCAAAAAUGUAACUAGUUACUCGAUAUUCCAAAGCUCUGGAGGGAGUGCCGAGUAUCUACGCAACAGUGACGGGAGUGUAUCUAAAAUUGUGUGCGACUGGCGGCUCACGGUAGUCUGGAAAGAAUCUUUGGACGGCUUGACGCCCCGCCAAGAUCGAGUAAACAGCGUUUGUGCUUAUAUAACCCCGGAUGACCUUCGAAGCGUCGUGGAGAGUUUGACUUUUGAAUAAAGUUGUCGAUAAGAUCAAGUGACAGUUCGGUAAACUUUGCGAUUGGCAGUUCCAUCGUUGGACUUUCGAAGAAUUCGCCAAAACAUUUGCGAAGAAUUUGAAAAGUCUGUUUAUCCGAAGGCCAACUACGCCCACGUGUGUCGACGGACUUACGUGAGCUUUCAAGUAGCCUUGAGCGAGUUGGUUUCGUCAUGAAGACCAGACACCCUCGGAUAACCGCGAGAACCUCGAGCCCCGUCGACGCUGCGACUUCGACCGAAGACCCUUUAGCGGAUCCUGAAGUGAUUAAGUUGAGACUUGAUAAGCCGCUCCAUUGGGACUGGGAGCUGACCACUUCCGCUGACGCACUACCCGUGGUCCAGUUCCUCGACAAAGAUGGACGCCUUCUGGUUGAAACGACAGGCAGAACGGCGCAGAGAGCCAGAGGCUCGUUUCGUGAUGGUUUAAAACUCCAUGAAAAAUUCCCCCGCGAUGAACCCACAGAAAGUUUGGCUGACCCCGUACCGCCUAAGUCCGGGAAUAGAAACAUCGACGGGUUUAGCUCGAAGUAUGGCCCGAUGGAGGCCGGAUAUCGACCGAGGAAGUCACGCAGUGACGCCAGCCUCGCGUCCAAGGAGAAGAGGGAUAAGAGGAUAAGGAAGCGGCACUCCUCUGGGAUCGACAAGGCAUUGAAACAACUCGAGGAGUCCGAGUCAGCGUCCCCGAAGCGGUACUCGGUCGGUGAUUUCCUCCGGAAACAGAUCGUUGACGAUCUCCAGUCCCCGGAUAUAGUCGGGAAGAAAACGCCUGACCAAAUAGCUAGAGAAAGGUGUGAGAAGGUGAGAGCGUACUUGGAGACACAUGAUGAAUCUCACGAAGAGCCGCAAAAAGUUCUUCGCGAAGCCAAGCUGAAGCAGCUCAAGGACUAUCUCGCCUCCAACAAACGGACAGACACGAAGCAGCCGGAGGACUCGAGGCAAGACGGAAUCGCGAGGAUAAAGGAGUUCCUGCGGAAUAAAAUCAAGGAGAAAAUGGACGCGGAGAAGUCCAAGUCCACCACUGAUGUAAAGCCGAACGAAAUAAGAAAGCGGUAUUCUGACUAUGUUCAGAACGACCAGCAGAACUACCGCACACGAAAAGUCAGGAGUGACGCGAACAUUAGAUUCGACCCGGACGUUUAUGAACGAGAGAAAAUUAAGAAGACCAACAGCGAGAUCAGGAAGAAGAACUCGUCUGCUGGGUCAGAUCGACGAAAAGCGUACCGAAAAACGAAAAGCGACAUUCUUCUUAACGCAGUUGAGACCAGCCUCGAAUCAGACCACAAGGACAGCGGGAAUCCACCGCGAAGGAUCAAGAGCCAGGACAAUUUGGAACGCUCGUGGCGAGAGUACAAGGAGCGAAAGCGGAACGAGCGGCUGCUCAAGAAUUCGGAGAACCUUACUCAGGGAGUCGAGGAAGAGAACUUCAUGACCAGGCCUCGAUGGAAGGAUUAUGAACACAGUGCAUGUCGUGGAGGGAACUGCAGGGUGUGUGAGAACAAGGUGGACCACCAAGCGGCAGUCAAGGUGCAAGUGGAGCCAGGAAAACGUGUUUCAGAGUCGACCGACUGCAACCCAUCCACUGAACUACAGGAGAACUACCUGCUCCUGGACGAAACUGAGAUCCCGGAGAAGCUGCAGUCAUCAAAUAUAUCCAAGGUCCAGGUGAAUAACGUCAAGGCUGGUCAAGUGGGCCCCAAAAAUGGUGGCCAGAGCUUUUCGAUAACCGACUCACCCGACUAUGGCUACAACUCUAUGCAGAAAAACGCUUUCGCCGAGUACAAGGACCUGUACGCUAACUCGAACGUGAAGAAGAGUGACACCUUCAAGAUCGUGGACGGCAGCGAAAGACCGAAUGACGAGAAGGUCACUCUCACACCGCAGUCCAACGAGGACAUCACAAGGGACUACUUCAAGCGAGUUUACACUCUGCUGAAGCAGCGGCAGGAGGAUGCUCGCCGACUGGCCAACCCCAGGGACCCUCAAAGACCGGAGGACACGUCCUCCUCGAACUUUGUCGAGCCAGCUCAACGACGCAGACGACGACGCCGCAGGAGAGACGCCGCUGGUCUAACGACGGGAGACGAGGUGGUCACAGUUGGUCCAGCUUGCGUGGGUGGACGAGAUCCUUGGGCAGUACAGCGUUUGUUGGUGAACGCGGAGCCAAGCAGCCUCCGCAUCCAUCGUUCACAACCUUACGAGGAGGAGGUCGCUGUAGUAAAGAAGCUCCGGCAUCCAGCUCCUCCACCACCUUCGUCGAAGGUCAAUGCCAAGGAUAUCAGCAAAUAUUUUUCCUCGCCGAGCAGGGAUCGGGACGACGGAAUUCACGAUGGAGUAAACAGUCUCAACCGUCGCCAGGAGCCGCAGGAUCAGCAGGAGAGGAAUAGCGACAAAGAGGAGGAGGAGGAAAAGGAAAAUACAGGGGAGGUGGAGAGGGACGCUGCGAUGGGGUCGAAUCUGAGUCGUCACAACGGCAAAGGGUUGACGGGGCGGCGAACUCAGUCAUCAGGAAACCUCUGCGACCCGAAGGGGAAGCUGAACAGCGUUGGAAAAAUCUUGGUGCCUUGUUCCGGGGGCCAGAGAGAGAGAUACAAAUUCUGCGGGUCUCUGCCAAACCACCUGGAUGGAAAAGAGGCAGAGGAUGAUCACCCGGGUGAAAACAACAACGUGAUAUCGGACACGAUUAGCGGAAACCUUGGAGGGACUCUACCGCAUAAAAAACGCUCGUUGGGUGUACAUUUCUCGGAUGCUGGACCGACGGGAACGCUGGACCUCGUCAAGCACCAGUCGCAGGAUUCUCUCUCGGAGGAUCCUUGGCGGUAUCAGCACAGCAGUGAUCUGGACCUAGUCAGAUGUAAGCACGGAAACUUUGAUCUGGUGCGACGAAGUCAGGGUGUAGACUCUGUGGAUGGUGAAUCCAUUCGUACGUACGGACGGGGUGUAAGUCUGGACGAGAAGUGCCAUCGGAGUUCUGACCUCGACCUGGUCGGCACGCUUCCGAAAAGGCGACAGGACUCGAAUCGCAGCAAGCAAAGUAGCGGCACUCAUUCAAGCAUGUCCCAACAACGGGGGACCGAUCGAGUCAGUGACGAUCUACUCAUGAAGCUUGUGCAUAAGCCGGACUGCGAGCUCAUGAAGCAUCACCGUCAAUUGAACCGUGGCGUCGAUCUUCGCCUGAGUAAACUUGCCGGUGGAGAACCACAGGAUCAAGGAUACGCCUCGGAACGAUCCCCGGAGGACGAACAUCCCCCGUCUUUACCCAGCGAACCAUUUCCCGCCAUCACGCCAGAAACCACCUUCCGAGUAAUGCUGCAGAAGAGCAGCCGAGGACUUGGCCUGAGCGUUUCUGGGGGCGGAACGGCAGGACCCGUUCGUGUAAAACGGCUCUUUCCUCAGCAGCCUGCUGCUUUAUCCAACAAACUUCAGCCCGGUGAUAUCCUCCUUGCUGCCAAUGGCCUUCCGCUUACUGGACUCACGAAUUACGAGGCUCUUGAGGUUUUACGAACAACACCAAACACCGUCGAGCUGGUCGUGUGUCGUCCAGCAGGUGCCGAUGCGGUCGUUUCACCCAUUGGAGCCCCGCCGCCCCCGCCGGCAAGACGUGAACUCCCACCACCCCUAAGGAUUUUCACCCCUUUACCACCUCUGCAAAUUGAACCCUGCGGGGAAUUUGACAUCGAGAUGACGAAGGUCAGCGGAAGUCUGGGUUUCACGUUGAGGAAGGCGGACAGCAGCGCCCUGGGACAUUACGUCCGCGCCCUCGUCAGGGAGCCGGCUCUCAGCGACGGUCGCAUACAACCUGGGGACAAGAUCGUGGCCGUUGACGGAGCCCCGCUGUCGCCAAUGAGCCACGAGGAAGCCGUGGCCCUCCUGAGACAGUGCGGACCCAGAGUUAAGCUCCGACUCUACCGAGAUCUCGCCCAGACACCUGUGUCGGCUCUAUCCCCGACGGAACCUGACCACCCUCUCCGGCCGCCUAGGACAAGUCUGAGGCAGGAGGCUGUAGACAUGCUCUGUGAUCUGGCCGUGCGAAAACUGUCACCAGGAACAUCCAGCGGAUCAAGCUGUCGCAGGUCAACUAGCACCGCUACGAGCAGUUCACCCCGAAGACUUCGCAGGCCUCCGACCAGGACACCAACAGCGGAAAACGAGCAAAGCGACUCGCAGAAGUACUUCGUUACCCAAAUGUCCACCAGCCAGGCGGACACCUCGGACUCCGAUCAGUGCUCGAUAAAGACACAAAUCACAAACUCCCAGCCCGGCACACCAGGCACGGAGAUAAUCGACCCACCCUCGCUUUACGACGUCUCGGACUCCUCGGAGACCUCGAAACCAGCGCGACCCAACUUCCUUGACCUUUCCGGACCCCAGGAAAAACCGCACUUCCAGUUCAACGUCGAGUCGGACUCCGACGGCACGGGGUCCUUGGACGGAGUCCUGUUGGUAACUGCAGGUGACCCGAACCUCGCGACGAACUUUGACUGCGAAGAACUACCCCGAGAACUUUCACAUCAGAGCGGCGGUCAUCUGGGAACCAACAACGACCCGCCAUCCGAGCCUGCGUCAAUGCCUCCUGCACUUUCAUCCGCUGCCACAGCUACGAGCAAUGCAUUCAGCUACAAGAAUCCUGCCUACCAAAGCGCCAACCCCGCUUGCGGAACCGGCGAUGCUUCCUCCAGGAACAAAACGACCCAUUCGAGUGACCAAGACAUUCCAGGUACCGUCCUCGGUGGCGAAGAGUCCGGCGGUAGCAGAGGCUUGCUUAAGUGGAAAGGUGUCAUGUUCACGAGCAAUGAUGAGUCCAGGGACAUGACUCGAAACAGCGACGAAACCAGCGAAGCUACCGACGAAUCGCCCGUUGCUGCUAGCGACUGUGAACAAGGCAGUCAGGUGUUCAUGGUAGAGCUGACCCGCGGAUGGAACAGCCGUCUGGGCUUUAGUUUGCAGCCCGAAGGUGAUCACACUGUCAUUUCAGUUGUCCACGCGGACAGCGUUGCAGCGAAGGACGGAAGACUCAAGCAAGGCGACGUUCUGCUUAUGGUUAACGACGAAAGUGUUGAAAACAUGUCAACUGCGGAUAUAAUUGAUCUACUACGCAAGAUUCGAGGCUCGAUAGGAAUAACUGUGAAACGAAAGGGUAAAUCGGAGACUUCAGCAACGUGAUGCAAUGAUGAAAUUAUACUUAUCGGCUCAGAUAACAUUCGCAACGAAGACGAAAAAGAUCCACAUCCGUAAAUGGAUGAGAAAUGCGUAAAGAUAAAUCGCAAGUUGACCCGCAGUUAUUGAUCGAAAAUGCAGCGGAUCCUUCUACGAGCGAUGUAAAUAAUUCAUGUUUAUCAAUCAAACAUGACGAGGUAGAGAGAUUCAAACGAAAAAAGCAAAUGUAUUGUCCAAAGUGAAAUUGUAUUCCUUUUCGUUUCUUAUCAUUUUGUAAAUUGAAUAAGCAGAAAGAUUAAGUUAUAUAAGUAAUAGAAAUAAUCAUGUACAUACAUACAUACGCGUAUUCAUGUCUUAUAGUGUAAAUUUACACGCGUCAUUGUUUAAGAUGUUGGUAAGAAACCUAAAGUAAACUAUACGGCGGUUUAGUGUUAUCAUUUAAUGAGUAAGAGCUGGAACUUUGAGCGCCGUUUGAUAUACCAUACAUUCAAAAUGUCAAUUAUCGACAAAAGCGAUCACUAUGUGUAUAGAGAAUAGAAUUGUCAAACGUCUAAAUAUUUAUAAAGUAGAAGGAAACACUCGUUGUACGUCUUUAUGACCAGUUGAAAUUGUCCACCGUGAAUAGGGACACUUUCUAAAUGAAAGAAAGAAAAAGAAAUCAAAUACAGUCAAUCAAAAAAAUGUAAAUAAUGUCAAAUAGUAUACUUAUACUCUAGAAUUGUAUGGCUAUGCCUCAUAUAUCUGUACCUCAAACGAUCUGAUAAGCGACGCGCGGCUUGUCAAGGAAAUUUCAUCACUUGAUGAUGAAAUUGACCAUAAACAGGCUCGGCAUUUACGGAAUUAAUAAAAUACUAUGACCAGCUUCAUUGGAGAUGGGAGAGACCAGAAAAUUUUGUAUCACACAUAAUUUAUCUCGUUCGUAUACCAUAAAUUCCGUCAGGCAAACAUAAAUCAUACAUAUCGUUUCACAAUUCACGAUGUGCAGGAUAAGCAACAGCUCCGUAAAAGUAUUAUCCUAAGGAUAAAGGAAUGAAAAUAACAAAUCACGAUAUCACUUUCGGUAAUUGCACGUAAAAGUAAAUUAUACAUUUCAUAUUAUACGUAUAUGUAUACCUGUAUAUACUUCAAUGAGGAGAGUAUAUAGCGUACUGUGUCACCAAUUUUAACAGGCAGUGUAAGGAGUCAAAAUUUUGAAAACUCAAUCAAAAGCAAUUUGAUAUCGAACAUUAUAUUGUGUGUACAUAAUUUAUGGUAUCAAUCACAAUUGAUAUGUAUCUGCUGUAUUCUACAUAACACAGGUAAAAUGGAUUGUACAUAAAUAACAACAAUUUGAAUUUAAAUUGUUCAAAAUUAUCGUUGUUCAAUGUUCAGAUGAAAAUUUAAUAUUUUAUAGAGAACUGAAAUUGUUGAGCCAACGAUUUGGCUCUGUUAAGUAAAAGAAAAAUGAAAAAUUUACAGCUAAGAAGUGAUUGCAAAAGUUGAGUAAAAUGAAAACAAACACAAUAUGGAAAAAGAGAAAGAAAAGACAAAAUGAUUUUUUUUAAGUUAUAAAUUAAUGUGAUAGUUAGCUUUUAGGUGCAGAUUUAUUAGAAUGUUAGCACUUUGAAAACUCUAAAUGACGUUAGUAGCUAUACAAUAACACGAGAGAAAUAAAUCAUACCAAAGUAACGUGUAAGCAAUAUCAAAGACAGUUAUAUAGGUAUAUGUGUAUUUCAAUGAUGUUUUGAUUAGGCAUAUAUAAUGAAUUAUGUAUUGUUGAUACUUGUUGAACGUAAAAUUUAAUUUAUGGGACUGAUAUAAAUAACUGUAUAAAUUCCUCGUGUGAUUAAAAUGUUGUAAUGUGUUAAAUAAACUCAUGACUUUGAUAA